AUGGCCAAUUUACAGUCUGCUUUGGCACACAAUGAAAUGAGGCUUCCCUGCCAAUUGGUGGAGAGGGGUUUGAGCUUCCCAUACACUGCAGGUGCAAGCUUGGACUUUAAGAAGCUACUUUGCUUCUUAUAUUUGUAUGGCUGGUUGAUAUUAUCAGCCUUUCCCCAGAAGACAACUCUUCUAUAUGUACCAAGGAAAGUAGAUUAUCGAGGUAGGAAAAACAAGUCUGGUCCCAGAAGCAGGAGCCGACCUUUGGAAACAGCCCUUCACCAACUGGUAUCCCCAUUUGGAAAGACUGACACUGCUUCAGUCUUGCUAGAAGCCAUUGGGUAUAUCAGAUUCCUUCAGGGUCAAAUUGAGGUUAUCAAUAUGGCUUCCUCUGCUGCUGCAAUCCCCUCCUCAGGAAAAAAAAUCAAAACCUACAUAGACGACAUACUUGAGAGAGGAGAGCAAAUUGCACCUGCCCUUUUCGAAGCAAUUGAGACAUCAAAGCUUUCGGUGAUCAUUUUCUCAAAAAACUAUGCUUCAUCCACAUGGUGUUUGGAUGAACUAGUGCAUAUACCACGAUGCAAGGCAAGAGGGGACAGUUUGUUCUACCAAUUUUUUACUGCAUCGACCCAUCACAUGUUCAAAAUCAGCAGGGAAGUUAUGCAUAUGCAUUUUCUCAACUUGAAACACGUUUCAACUUUCAAGGACAGCACGGAGGGAGUUAUGAAGGUGUGGAAGUGGAGAGAUGCUUUGAAGGCCGCAGCCAAUAUGGCUGGGUUUGAUAAUUCAAACAAAAGGGGGUAA